AUGAAGUUCAUGGAGUGGGGUCAUGAGAGGGUGAUAGAGGUCGAUGGGGAAGACGGGGAGUAUGACGAGUAUGUGAAGGUGGAGAGGGAAGGGGAGGAUGAGGAUGGGAGGUGGACCAUGGGUGAGAAACCCGAUGACCUGGCGCUUGUCAUCGAAAAGGGUGAGGCCGAAUUUGAGAUUGGAUACGCCGUCGGGCCACUUAAUAUUCGGACAAAGAUCUGUGAGCAAUUCGAUCAACCAUAA